AUGAAGUUCACAAUUAUUUUCGCCCUGGCAGCUCUGCUGACCACUACCGCUGCUCAAGGCUUGGGUGAUCUCCCCGACUGCUCGAAAGCAUGUGCUACAGGUUCAAUCCCCCAGAGCUGUGGCAUUGAUUUCAAGUGUGUCUGCGAAUCCAAGUCCUUCCUGAGCGAUGUUGCCUGCUGCAUCGCCGAUAAAUGCUCCAAAACGGACCAGGAUACAACCAUUAAGGUCGCCAAGUCAAUCUGUGCCCGGGGUGGUGUGACCGAUUUACCCACCGAGGUUGUCUGCUCGAGCAGCAAGUCUAGUUCCAGCUCUGGCACCAGCACCAGUGCUAGCUCCAACUCCACCGAGACUGGAACCAAGUCUAACACUGAGACCUCGGCGGCGACCAAGACUGAUAAUUUGACUACUGUGACGGGCGCCAAAGCUUCUACCACCACGCACAAGGCGUCGUCCACUACUUCGUCCACCUCUGCUGCUGCGACUAGCACUGGCGUUGCUGCGUUUUCCCACAAGGAUUCCUCGUUCGUGGCUGCUGCCGGUGCUGCGGCCGCGUUCGCCAUUCUGAUCUAG